GCUUCUAAUCUCAUCUACGCACUGGAGAAGUGUCUAGUCAAUAAAAGGCAAAGCAACAACUUUCUUUUUGUGCUUUGUUGUCUCCUUUCUUCAAUCUUUUAAACAAUUUUGCAUUCUUUAAUAAACAAUUAAUCAUUUUUAGUUGUUUUUGUAAGUACAUACAGAAUUUUUUCACGGAUUAAUUCGAGAUUCUACAAUGCUCGGUGGUUAUCGUUGUCAGUCGAAUUAAAAAUAGUAUAUUGUUUCUCUUAAAUGUUAUACUAAAACUAACUAAAAAGAGUUAUCUUUACGUAUAUAUCAUUAGUAGUAGUAGUAGUUUUAUCGUAUGGACCAAAAAGUCAUAAUUGUUAGUUUUGGGGGUUUGUGAAAAAGAUAGGAAUGCUUGUUACCUACUCUUAUUAACUUCUCUGUCUCUGUCUCUCUCUCUUCUCUACUACAUCAGAGUCUCUUUAAGCAAAAACUGGGACACAGAAGAAACUUAAAAGUCUUCUUAAGGUUUCUCUGUUCUGUUCUUGUUUUCUUUGGAAAAUGCAGAAGCACAAAUGCAAGCUCUGUUCCAAAAGUUUCUGUAAUGGCAGAGCACUUGGUGGUCACAUGAAGUCCCACUUGGUCUCAUCGCACACGCCCACUCGGCAGAAGCUCCUCGGUGACUCGGUUUAUUCCUCUUCGUCUUCCUCGGACGGUAAAACUCUGGCCUACGGGUUGCGAGAGAACCCGAGGAAGAGCUGCCGGGUCUUUAACCCGGAUCCUGAGUCGUCCAUCGUUUACAACAGCGAGACUGAGACCGAACCUGAGUCAGUGGACCCGGUUCGUAAACAGGGCAGAGCAGAUGUUUCUAAGAAGAACAAGAAGAAGACAAGGAGUAAGAAGAGAGUGUUUGAGAACUCGUCCGAGUCUGGAAAGAAGCAGACGAAGAGGAGUAAAAGUAACUCCAACGAGUCGCCAGAGCCGGCGAGCUCUGUCUCCGACGGUUCUCCGGAGCAGGAUUUAGCCAUGUGUUUGAUGAUGCUCUCGAGAGAUUCAAGGGAGGUUAAGCUGAAGAAACCCAUUAUCAAAGCGGAAGAGAUGAAGCCGGAAAAGAGACAUGUCCCGGAGCUCCGCCGCUGUAUGUUAGAUCUGAAUCUUCCUCCGCCGCAAGAAAGCGACGUUGUCGCCGUUGUCUCGGCCAUAUAAAACAGUUGAGGUUUGCAGAGAUGAUACAAAAACUAAAGCAUCUUGUUGAUUUGGCUUUUCUUCAAGAUCAUUAUUUUUUUUUAAACUAGAAACCAUUUUACUGGUUUUGGAAUCUUUAGAUGGUCUUUAUCAGAACAAUGUACUUUUGAUGUAAGACAGAAGCAAACCCCAAGCAACAAGCUAUGUUUCUAGAUUUCUUCUUCAGUUCAUAGGGUGAUUGGACGAUAUAAUAUAUGGUUGGAUCUAUGUUACAUUGUUUUUGAUAUUUGGAUUUCUUGAGAUGAUUCUUUUGCAUGAUCUUUGAAUCUUAGAUCUUUUGACAUUGUUUAACGUGUUUUAAAGAAACUAUUUAAUUCAAACUGCAUAUUUUUAUGACACAAGUGUGAUGCUAGGCUGCUGGCUGCCUAGCCUUAAUAAUAAUGUAAACUUUAUUCUUUGUCACGUAUAUCAUCUCUUUGUUGGAACAUCUAGUACUGUGUGGUAGAUACUUAAAACAUCAAAAAUAUCUAUCAGAUCGAGGACAUUCAAAUAUCUCGAUAAGUGAGAUAUCUAAACCCGAAAACACUGAUAUAUUUCACACAAAAUUCAGUGAAUAGUUAUUUCAUCUCUGAAUCAGAUACUAUUCUUAAAAUAAGAUUUUUGAUAAAUCGGGUCUACAUUCACUUAAUAAAAUUUCUAACAACAGUUAUAUAGUUUACUUUAUUCUGUUUGGUUCUUUAUUUGCUAAUUUAUUUGUGGUCAUGUGAUAUAGUAUGUGUCGCCAGCUGCAUCUGUAAGUCUCUGUAGUGGUUGUUUUAUACCACCAAUACAGACAUAUUCAAAACCAUUUAUGUUCUUGUUUUCUUGACAAAAAAAAAAGCACAACACCUUUUUUUUUCUAUUGGCACCAUUUAGUAACUUGCUUAUUUAUUACACAAAUAUCCAUGAUCCAUCUUUAGAAAUCACGUUUCUGCAUGUUUACCGUUACCUGACUUUCACAGUUAAAUAAACAUAUAUCCACUGACGGAUCCACCCCGUAAUAAAGAUGAAGAGUUUUGUGAGUAUUUAAGCUUAACUUGAGAGAAUUUUAAAAAAGAAAAAGAGUGAUUUGCAUAGAAAUUCUAGUAAGAUGGCAAUAUUUGCGUCCAUGGAAAAACGGAAGACCCAAGGGCAAGGCCCAGUUGUAUUGGGUGCGAAAAGACAGCGUUACCCCUAUCGCCUCUCCUUUCACGUAAGAAGCUGAAGCGAUUUAUAAUCAUUCCAUGCAUGUAAUCAUUAGAAAAUAUAUACAUAUAUAACGCUGUUUAUAUCGGUAUAGCCCGAUUAUGUAAGAGUAGCCUUGUAUGACUAUCGGUAUAGCCCGAUUAUGAGUUCGUAUUGUAAUCAUAAAUAAAGCAUUCCCCCUUU